UGGAGUGGGUCCCGUCUGUGCUCCGCAGUGAGGGAUCGCUACGGGGAUCGGGACAGCGGCGGCGACUCCAGCUCCGAGUCCGACUACAGCGACGAGCGCGUGGACUUUGACCCUCAGCAGGACCGUGACUUUUACAGGACUCUCUCCCUGUUGAAGAAGAAGGACCCCUGCAUUUAUCAGAAAGAUGCCACCUUCUAUCAGGGAACAGCAUCGUCAUCAGACAGCGAGGAGGAGCCAGCAGUUCCGGAGAAGCAGAAGAAAGUCCAGCCCAUGUACCUGAAGGAUUAUGAGAGGAAGGUUAUCUUGGAGAAGGAAGGCAAAUAUGUCGAUGAGGAGAACUCAGACGGGGAGGCCUCCAGUCAGAGAUUACAGCAAACUUCGUCACAGAGUUAUGUGGAUGAACAGAAGCAGCUCAAGGAAAGCUUCCGGGCAUUCGUGGAAGACAGUGAGGAUGAAGACAGCUCUGGGGAGGGUGGCUCCGGGUUGCUGCAGAAACGUACCAAAACCAGGGAGGAGAAGGCCCAGGAGGAGGCCGACUACAUUGAGUGGCUGAAGGGACAGAAGGAGGUUCAGAACCUGGAGUCCCUGAAGGAACUGGCCCAUCUCAAAGAAUACUGGAACAACCCAGAGCUGGAUGAAGGGGAGCGAUUCCUACGGGAUUAUAUCCUCAACAAACGCUACGAGGAGGAGGGCGAUGAGGAGGAAGAGGAAGAGGAAGAAGAGGAGGAAGGGAUCCCCGGCCCCCCAGUCCAACUGGCCGUGGAUGACUCAUCGGACGAGGGCGAGCUGUUUCUGAAGAAACAGGAGGACUUUGAGCACAAGUACAACUUCCGCUUUGAGGAGCCAGACUCGGCCUCGGUCAAGACUUAUCCACGGAGCAUUGCAUCUUCCGUGCGCCGCAAGGAUGAGCGCAGGAAGGAGAAGAGGGAGGAGACACGGGCACGAAAGAAGAGGGAGAAAGCCAAGAAGCAGGAGGAGCUCAAGCAGCUAAAGAACCUGAAGAGGAAGGAGAUUCUGGCCAAGCUGGAGAAACUGCGAAAGGUCACGGGCAAUGAGACACUGGGCUUUGAGGAGGGUGACCUUGAGGACGACUUUGACCCUGCCCGGCACGAUCAGCUCAUGCAGAAGUGCUUUGGGGAUGAGUACUACGGCACCACAGAGGAGGAGAAGCCGCAGUUUGAGGAAGAAGAGGGGCUCGAAGAGGACUGGAACUGGGACACGUGGGAUGGGCCGGAGCAGGAUGGAGCCUGGAGCCAGCAGGAGCUGCACUGCGAGGAUCCUGACUUCAAUAUGGAUGCUGACUACAACCCCAGCCAGCCUCGGAGGAAGAGGCGUGAGGCCCCCUCGACAGGCAAGAAGAAGCGCAAGUCACCCUUCGCCGCCGCUGUAGGGCAGGAGAAGCCAGUGUUUGACCCCGGGGACAAGACUUUUGAGGAGUACCUGGACGAAUACUACCGGCUGGACUAUGAGGACAUCGUUGAUGACCUGCCCUGCCGCUUCAAGUACCGCACUGUCGUGCCCUGCGACUUUGGGCUCAGCACCGAGGAGAUCCUCGCUGCUGAUGACAAGGAGCUGAACCGGUGGUGUUCCUUAAAGAAGACCUGCAUGUACAGGUCGGAGCAGGAGGAGCUGCAGGACAAGAGGGCAUAUGGCCAGAAGGCCCAGAACGCAUGGAAGAAGCAGCAGAUCUUCAAGUCUCUCUGCCAGGAGGAGACAGAGAUGCCCACGGAAGCCACUGGGAAGCCACACAGAGACCAGGCCCAGCCACAGGGGCAGCUGCUGGCAUCUGAUGGGGCCAGUGGACAGCAGCCCUGGCCCGAGAGCCGACCAGCACAGGAAGAGGAAGCCCCCACGCAGAAGCGGAGGAGGAAGAAGGCACGGCUGCUGGGCCACACGGUGACACUUGGCGGACGUGAGUUCAGCCACCAGAGACUGCAAGCCUUCGGCCUCAACCCUAAACGGCUGCAUUUCCGGCAUCUGGGCCGGCAGCAGAGGAAGCAGAGGGCAUCCAAGAGCAGCUCCUGAGUCAGGGCAGGUAGGGCCCAGGACAUGUCCCCCACAGAUGUCUGCCACAUAGACCUCCUGCCUCCCUGCGAGCUGUAGGUCUCCCAUCCUACAGAUGGUGAGACUGAGGCCGACUUAACUUCCCAAGUGACUUGGAAAUCUCUCCUUGAAACAGUUCCUGGACCCCACAUUCCCACAGAAUGCUGUUCACAGCCAUAACCACAGUCAAGACAGCUUUAUUCACCUCCAGUGGCCACAGUACUCCCAGGACAGGGGUUUGGGGACCAAGGAGGGGCCCAGGCGAUCCAGUGCAAACUACAGUACUUGAGUCAGGCCCUGAGUGAGUGCGUGGGGGUCCUCCCUGCCUGCCCCUGAGUGGCGGCAGACCAGGGUGUCUGAGACAGGUUACAGCUGGGCUUGCUGAGGGGGAGACAGGAAAUCCCAUCACUGCUGAAUUCAAGCUCCCACACCAGACACGACAUAAAUAAAAAAAUAAAUAGUGA